UGCAUAAUUCACUAAAAAGUAUUUCAAACUAUUUAACAUAUUGGUACUAUGUUUAUACUCUCUACCGCAGCUACUGUAUGAUGUCAUAGCAAUGACGUCACACUCAAGCCAAUCAGCCUUGAGGAGGAUAGACUCGUCGGACUGUAGCGGUUGUAAACAACUUGUCGCCCCGUGUGUCUGCCCGUGGCGCUAGUUAUCUGUCGGAGGUAAGGGUGAAAGAUGCAUAUAAUGGCCAUGGAACGCUAUUUUAGGAUUAUUGUUACCACUGACAAUGCCCAAAACAAGAACAACAAAGGCCCAAAGGUGGCUGUUUGGUAGUGCGCAAAGCUGCUGUGUGGAGGUGCCGCCAACAGCGGUGCCAGCCGGAGUGGCUGCCUCGCCGGCGGCCGACAUUGAGCGCGGCACGUGUCAGCCGCCGUUCGGGCCGCUGCAGCUGCUGCAGUCGGCGGCGCAGCUGUCCGUCUCCGUGUCGCUGGCCGUGCCGCUGGACCUGCUGCCGCGGCCGGCGCCGGCGCGCUGCGCCUACGGCCGCCUGCUGGCCGUCGUCUCGCAGCGCGGCCUGCAGCGCAGCGGCGUGCUGCAGCUCAUCCAACAGCUCAACGAGCCGCCCAGCCCGGCGGCGGCCGAGGGCACCGCGCCGCGCCGGCCGGGCGACGUCAGCACACCUGGCAUCAGCGGCUUCUGCCUGGCCGACCGUCAGCUGCACCCGCUGUUCGCCGAGGGGCGCGCCGACGCCGAGCUGGAACAGACGGCGGCCGCGCCGCGCGCUCUGCCGCGCCGCGACGCUCGACUCUGCCACCAUUCGGGCCUGCUGUUUAGGGAGCGCCUGUACCCGCGCCAGCCGGCCGCGUUCCGCGUGCUCGAGGACCACCCGCUACGCGCCCAGCUGCUCGACACCCGCCUCUACACGUUACAGAAACAGGAGCCGGCGCGCGCCGUCCGCGCCAUCAGAGAGUGCUUUCGCACGCAGUGGCUGUCGGAAAAUGAACCUGCUUCCCAACGAGGCCGGCCUGCAACAACUGCUGGCCGGCUGUUGGCCGAAAAAAAAAAACGCCUUCAACCGGAUGUCAGUUGUCAAAUCAACGCGUAUUAAUGCAUUCACUAUAGGAUGGGCUUACGUAAAGCUGUAGAAUUGCAAAUAUAUAAUGGCACUGUUUUUGA